AUGCCUAAAGAAAAGAAACGAAAACGCGAGCCAGGAGAGAGUAAAUCCGGUAACAAGUCGACAGCAACGCUCGAGAAUCAUCAGCGAGACAAUCGUGUCGAUGGACAAGAAGUCGACACCUCUAAACCCUCCGCAGUGUUCCACCCCACGGGCGGCCGGUCGCACACGCUGUCUGUUGCCAUACCAGGAAGCAUCAUUAGCAAUGCCAAAUCUCAUGACCAAAAGACCUUUCUAGCUGGCCAAAUUGCGAGGGCUCUGGCGGUAUUUUGCGUGGAUGAAGUCAUCAUCUUUGACGACGAGGAUGUUGAAACUCAGCAACAACGACCGACAAUCAGAGAAGACGAAUACACGGCUUUUUCUCACCCUGACCAUUUUCUAGCUCACCUUCUCUCGUACUUGGAAACGCCACCUCACCUCCGCAAGGCUUUAUUCCCUAUGCAUCCCAAUCUUCGGACUGCAGGUACACUUCCAAGUCUUGAUAUGCCGCACCAUUUACGCGCACACGAAUGGUGUGAGUAUCGCGAAGGCAUCACCACCACUGCCCUUGCGGACGGCAAGGGGACCUUGGUCGAUGUCGGCCUGCCCGGAUUUUUACUGCUAUCUGGGGCAGAGAUCCCACCGAAUACACGAGUGACUGUCCAUCUACAAGAUGAAGCCUCCAAAAUCGCUGAAGCCGUCUCACCCAACGCUCCGCGGGAGGAAAAGGGGUAUUUUUGGGGUUAUGCGGUACGACAAUGCAAUUCUCUCACAGACGUGUUUACUGAAUGCCCUUAUGACGGAGGCUACGACAUUUCGAUUGGGACUUCCGAAAGAGGCCAGCCAUUGGAAAAUGUGUUGUCCGAACAAUCCAUGGUCAAACCAACUGGCUAUAAACACGUACUCCUGGUCUUUGGUGGCGUCGCAGGCCUGGAAACCGCAGCCAAGAAUGACAGAAAUUGUCGAGAAAUGGGUCUUGUUGGGGAGAAGGUCAAGGAAUUGUUCGACGUGUGGGUAAAUCUGUUACCUGGCCAGGGCAGUCGCACGAUCAGAACCGAAGAAGCCGUUUGGCUGGGAUUGAUGGGGUUUCAAGGUUUCUUGGACCGUCUUGUAAGGGAUUCCGGAUCGCCUGAUGAAUAA